AACAUUUUUAAUGUUAAUUUUUGUAAUUUUAAUUUCCUUUAUCGCACAGGAAUCUGCAACCCACAAUGUGGCUUUCUUGCCGUCUGCCAGAAUGCAACAUGUACAUGUUCAGAAGCAAAUUAUGUCUUACAUAACAAUGGCAGAGACUGUAGAAAUGUUUCAUGCAGCAUUGAUGAUUGUCUUCAGUGUGAUAAUACAAACACAUGCAUUCGAUGUGAAGCCUUUUUGUCUGCAUCUGGUGGACAAUGUAUACAGAAAUGUAAAGGUUCAGCUGAAUUAAAGGGUGACAUCUUGACAUGUUCGGAAUCCAAAGAUGAUGGUGUGGAUAUUGUUGUUGCUGUUGUGUCAGGCAUUGCUGCUGGAGCUGUUGUUUGCAUUAUUGUCAUCAUCGCUGUAUGCAUCUACAUUCGUAAGACAAGAAGAAAUGUCAAUCUACAGAGCAAAAAUUAUGACAACAGACAAAUAGAGAGUGGACAUUUGAAGCAGUUCCCAGCAUAUGACAAUAAAGCUUAUGAAACAGAUAAUCAAACCACGUAUGGACCAGUAAAGAUAGACCCAUUAGAAUAUGCAAAUAAUUUGGACAAGCUCCGCCCACAUUCAGAGACACUGAUGGAAUUGUUGAGUCAAGUCAGAAGUAAGACACGAGCGAUGGAUGCAUCCGAUGAAAGAGUUCCAACAUACAAAGGUGUCAUCCACCAAUUAUGUAGAGUGCUGGUGUUGAUACAUAAACGCGAUCCUGUGGUUAGUAUCCCCUCUGAUGCCUUAGGGCUCAUUCAGUGGGCACACCAAAUGCUGGAGGAUCAUAAGGAGCAGCAGAAUUCAUCAAAUGGAGAUUUACCAGAUUUUCCUUUGGCCCAGAUUUCAUGUGUGGAUUUAGAUUUUGACAACCCCGGCCACCCAGUCUAUGCAACUCCUGAAAGGAGUCAGCUACAUGACUCGUCAGCAUCAUCUGUACAGGGCAUGGCAACACCAUACAGCACUGUUCCUAUACCAGUUUUAGAGAGUGAUCAGCAGCACCAUCAUUAUGGCACCGGAAAGAGACCAGGAUUUGCUACAAUUAGUCGGGCCAGAGCUAAACCUAACAGUGACUUCAUCAGGGCACUCGAAGCUGAGUUAAACAGCACUGAUUCUGUAUCGGUGUCCAAAGAACCUGUGGCAGCUUCACAGCAGCCAAACAGUGGAUUCAGGCGAGAAGACUUUCAAAACUUUCUUAUACACAGUGCAGAGAAAUCGGAUCUCAGAAAUGCCUUCAACCAUUCCACAGAAAGAAGUCAACAGACAUCUAGUAGACCCCUCAUCAUUAAAAAACAAAGCAGUGAGCUGAAUCUAAAUUCUGAGUUGAAAGAAAAACUUAAAAACAGAAUCAAUAAACCUGAAGCUAAGAGCCACUUGAUACUUAGUGCUCAAAAGCUUCAGUCUAAUCAAGCUAAAGAAGACCUUACGAUUGGAAGUCAGCAGUCAGCAAAAAAGAACAUUAUCACAAACCCAAACCUUGUUAAGAAAUCCAAUUCUCAGUCAAGCAAACAUUCAAAGUAUGCCACACCAAAUUAUGGCUACUUUGCAAAUGGACAUUACUAUGACCCAAAUCCAAUGCCACAUUUGGAGGCUGAAGUUUAUGCACCUGGUAGUAGUUAUAGUGGUCACAGCAAUGCCAUGUCCACUUUCCUUGGAGAUUUACCAAGGUCUCGGUCAGCCUCAAGCAGUGAUCAGUCAGAAGAUAGGGACGAUGACUCUGAAAACAGUGGGGGUGAUCUGGAUGUAUUCCCUUUUGAUCCUGAAGACUGUACAGAACCUGUGGAGGUUUAA